CAAUCUUCUACCUAAAACACUUCUCUUUUUUUUUUUUUUAAUUUCAUCAAAAACUGCCACUAUUUUAGAUGAAUGAAUCUUGUUAAUCCAUUCAGUACUCAUACCCUGAUCAUUUUUUGAUUUUUCUACAUUCGGGUCUUCAAGAUUUUAAGCUGUCGAUUAGAUUUUCAGGACUUAUGGAUUUAUUUGAUCGGUUCAUGAAAUGUGCAGUGAUUUGUUGUCUGAUUGUCCCAUUUGUUGAUGCCUUCUAUCUGCCUGGUAGUUUUCCUCAUAAUUACAAUGUGGGUGAUCAGUUAGCUGUGAAAGUGAAUUCUUUAACGUCGAUCGAUACGGAGAUUCCUUAUCAGUAUUAUAGCUUGCCGUUUUGUAAGCCUUUAGAAGGUGUUAAGGACAGUGCUGAGAAUCUUGGGGAGCUUCUCAUGGGAGAUCGAAUUGAGAGUUCUCCGUAUAGAUUUCAGAUGUACACGAAUGCAACCGAGAUCUUCUUGUGCAAGACUGGUCCCUUGUCAGGGGAUCAGUUUAAGAUGUUGAAAGAAAGGAUUGAUGAAAUGUAUCAGGUUAAUAUGAAUCUUGAUAAUCUUCCGGCUAUUAGGUACAUGAAGAAGGAUAAUUUUAUUUUAAGAUGGACUGGUUACCCUGUGGGUAUCAAGAUUCAGGAUACCUAUUAUGUGUUUAAUCAUUUGAAGUUCAAGAUCUUAGUUCAUAAGUACGAGGAGACGAAGGUGGCUGGUGUUAUAGGGACAGGGGAUGGGGCAGAGCUGAUUACUACUAAUGAAAAAGGCGGUGAGGGGAGGCCUCGUGGUUAUAUGGUUGUGGGGUUUGAAGUGAUUCCGUGCAGCUUUCAGCAUGAUUUUAAGUUGAUUUAUAAGUCAAGUAUGUAUGAUAAGUAUGGUGCUCCUAUUCAGUGUGACCCGAAUACAGUUUCAAUGCCUUUGAAAGAAGGGCAGCCUGUUGCUUUUAGUUAUGAAGUUGAAUUUGAGGAGAGUGAUAUUAAGUGGCCUUCGAGAUGGGAUGCUUAUCUGAAGAUGGAAGGGGCUAAGGUGCAUUGGUUUUCAAUACUCAAUUCACUGAUGGUGAUUACUUUUCUUGCUGGGAUAGUGCUUGUGAUAUUUUUAAGGACUAUUCGUAGAGAUUUGGCUAGGUACGAGGAGCUUGACAAGGAGGCGCAAGCACAGAUGAAUGAGGAAUUGUCAGGGUGGAAGCUUGUGGUUGGAGAUGUUUUCCGGGCUCCAGAUAGUGCAGAGUUUCUUUGUGUAAUGGUUGCAGAUGGGUUCCGAAUUCUGGGAAUGGCAGUGGCCACAAUCUUCUUUGCUGCUCUUGGUUUCAUGUCUCCAGCUUCGCGUGGCGCCCUGGUUACAGGAAUGCUCAUGUUCUACAUGUUUUUAGGCAUUAUUGCUGGUUAUGUUGCUGUUUGGCUGUCAAGAACAAUCACCUGUGAUGCUUGUGGAUGGUUUUCUGUUUCGUGGAAAGUAGCUUGCUUCUUUCCGGGGGUUGCUUUUCUAAUACUCACCACACUGAAUUCGCUUUUGUGGGGAAGUCACAGCACCGGGGCUAUUCCAUUUACGACGUUUUUAGUUCUUCUUUUACUCUGGUUUUGCAUUUCAGUGCCCCUUACCCUUUUAGGGGGACUGCUUGGGACUAAGGCCUCACGUCUCGAAUACCCAGUCCGCACGAAUCAAAUUCCACGUGAAAUCCCAGCUCAAAGAUUCCCUUCAUGGGCUUUGGUUGUUGGAGCCGGGACACUCCCUUUUGGAACUCUCUUCAUCGAGCUCUUCUUUAUCAUGUCUAGCAUUUGGCUUGGCCGUGUCUACUAUGUUUUCGGGUUUCUCUUUGUGGUUGUAAUUCUUUUGGUGGUGGUCUGUGCUGAAGUGUCUCUAGUCCUUACUUACAUGAACCUCUGCGUCGAAGAUUGGAGAUGGUGGUGGAAAUCUUUCUUUGCUUCUGGUUCUGUUGCCCUCUACAUAUUCCUCUACUCCAUUAACUACCUUGUUUUCGAUCUCAAGAGCCUUAGUGGACCUGUCUCGGCUACUCUCUACUUAGGCUAUUCACUCUUCAUGGUCAUCGCCAUUAUGCUUGCAACUGGCGCCAUUGGAUUCCUAACUUCAUUCCUGUUUGUGCAUCGCCUCUUUUCAUCCGUAAAGAUAGAUUAAACGCUUGAGUUUGCUUCACAUAUGUAGUGUUACCAGUAAGAAGUGCAAUCCUGAUUUUACCUUCAAUUGUCUGCUAAUACAUCUGAUAUAUGUGGUGCUAUCAGGGUACCUAUGAAUUGAAUAAAGCUCAUUGAAUUUAUUAGUCU